AUGUCGGACAUCGAAUCCUCCCUUUUACCCCAGUAUCCGGGCGAUGAUACGCGACCAACCAGCAAGAGAGAGAUUACAGGAUGGUACAGCUAUGGCUGGGCUGCGGAAGUCUUUGUUGUGUGCGCAAUGGGGUCUUUCCUUCCUAUGACGCUGGAGCAGAUGGCUCGCGAUAGGGGACACCUGGCAACCGACAAAACCCAACCAUGUCAAGCUAGUCAGAUAAGCGGCCUCUCCAGCAGUUCCCUUCUCUCGGGCCACUCAAACCAAUGUGUCGUCGAUCUGUUGGGAUUCGAGAUUAACACGGCAAGCUUCGCAAUGUAUACGUUUUCACUCAGCGUUUUAUCACAGGCGCUACUCAUUGUUACAAUGUCUGGGGCUGCAGACCAUGGCAGUUAUAGGAAGUCACUGUUGAUUUUGUUUGCAUGUGUUGGAUCUGUCGCAACAAUGCUGUUUAUUACUGUACAACCACAGGUUUAUUACCUUGCAGCGGUGCUAGCGAUUAUUGCAAACACCUGUUUUGGCUCUUCCUUCGUUCUUCUCAAUUCUUUCCUUCCGCUCCUCGUCCGGCACCAUCCGGCAAUGAUACACAAGGUCACCGAGAACCCAAGGAUAGGAGAAAUAGACGAUAGCCUUGAUGCCUCCACGCCGCCUGAUGUCAACACCCCGCUUCUUCGAGCUCCCCAAGUUGAAAAUGAGGCGAAUUCUGUGCAAAGCGCUUUACAAAAUGACGCAGAUCAGUCAACUGUCGCUUUGCGUCUCUCGACGCGAAUUUCCGCGAAUGGUAUGGGAAUUAGCUAUAUCGGAGCUCUUUUGCUCCAAGUGGUCUGUAUCAUUGUUGUGCAGAUCACUCAUCAGACCACCUUCUCGUUCCGUUUGGUUAUGUUCCUGAUUGGUCUCUGGUGGUUGAUAUUCACUAUACCUUCGAUUCUGUGGCUGAGACCUCGCCCCGGACCUCCACUCCCGGCACCAAGUGAUGGAAAGACCACUCGUACGUGGCUCGGCUACAUGUCAUUUUCAUGGAAAGCGCUUGGUAGGACUAUAAGGCGGGCCCGGCGCCUCAAGGAUGUCGGCUUAUUUCUUCUUGCUUGGUUCCUCCUCAGCGACGGAAUUGCAACAGUUGGCGGAACUGCUAUCUUAUUUGCCAAAACUGAGCUUCAUAUGCAGCCUGCUGCACUAGGCCUGAUCAGCGUCAUCGGUACUCUCUCUGGAGUCGUAGGGGCUUUUUCCUGGGGAGUGAUUUCUCGAUAUUUCAACCUCCGUGCGAUACACCCUAUCAUCGCUAGUGUUUGCUUGCUGGAAAUCAUUCCAUUAUACGGCCUACUGGGCUUUAUCCCCGCAGUCCAAAGGCUAGGGUUUCUGGGGUUGCAGCAACCUUGGGAAGUAUAUCCAAUGGGGGCCAUCUAUGGCCUAACAAUGGGCGGCUUGUCGGCAUACUGCCGAAGCUUGUUUGGCGAGCUCAUUCCGCCCGGUUACGAAACAGCGUUCUACGCGCUCUAUGCAAUUACCGAUAAGGGCUCGAGUGUGUUUGGCCCAGCCAUUACCGGCGCGAUUACAGACCGUUAUGGUCAGAUCAGACCGGCGUUUGUCUUUCUUGCCAUUCUGAUUUUUCUUGCCGUACCUCUGAUGUUCUGCCUGGACGUGGAACGCGGGAAACGAGAUGCAAAGGCUCUGGCUGAGGAACUUGACGAACAUGACGCCUCGUCGUAG